AGUUUUUAACAAGUCGUUCGUGGGUCGUGUAAAUAUUUUCCCAAUGUUGCCUUACAACAAAAACUGCUCCGACUCAAACUAAGUGAAAUGACGGGAUCAAAGCAAACAUAACAGAAAGAAAGAGAGAAAUAAGAAACACCCAAACACCAAUGCCAAAUGUGACAACGAAAACGCGAAAGCGCCGCCGCCCCAAAGGAGUAGCAAAUUAUCAUCAAAUAUCAAGCCAUCAGCCGGAACAACAGCAACAACAACAACAGCAGCAGCAGCAAAAACUACAAAAAUAUCAAUAACAACAACCACCUCGAUUGCAUCCUCGGCUACGCAGCGUACCUAUUACAAGUUAAAUUUGAUUUUUUUAUUUUUAAUUUCGUUUUCGUUUGCAUCGAUUGUGAAACGUGUUUGUUUGUAGCGUGCAACACACUUUUUCACUCCCACCCAGCGUGUGUGUGUGUGUGUGAAAAAGUCUGUGCAACGUUCAGAAACAACACGUCGAACUCUACGGCCGCAAAAAUUCCCAAAUCCGUGGCAAUAACGAAACUUCAGCGACUGAAAGCUAAAGCAGCUGCAAGUCAACAUUACGGCGGCAGUUAUCGCAAGUCCGGCAAUAAUAACAGCGGCAGCACCAACGGCGGCGUCGGCAUCGGCGUCGGCGCUGGCAGCAGCGAAUUAGGUGGCAGCAAUACAACAACAGCAACAACAACAUUUACGAACAACAGCGGCUACAACUAUCAACGCGGUGGCGCUGCGGAGGAGCGGAGCUUUGUUGCCACAACGGCGACGUCGGCGUUGGCGUUGGCGUCGACACCCAACAGCGACACAUUUGGCGACAAGUCAUAUCACUACAACAGCAGCAGCAGCAACAACAACAACAACAGCUACAACAUUAACAACAACAACAAUUAUCAAAAGUCAAAUCACACCAGUGCCAAUUAUAAUAAUCAGAUACUACCCUCAAACAACCACCUGCCUUACCAGCCUACACCAUACUCCUCCCACAACAACAACAACAACAGCAAUAACAACGGAAACGGGCCAGCGAUGAUGAUGACCAAACAGAAGCCAACGCUAACCGAACGCCUCAAUCUUGGGGACGAGGUUCGCGAACUGAAAUUGGGCGCCACAUUCAAUCCGAAAAAUACAUCGACCGCAUUUCACACAAUUAAAUAUGACUUCAAGCCAGCCAGUGUGGAUACGAGCCGAAUGGCAACUGUAGAUGUUGGCUCCAAUAAUCAAGUUACUGUUACCGUGCCAAAUUUAGAAAGUUCCGGUGUGCCUCAUACAGUUUAUAAGGGUAAUCACAAAAAAUAUACAAAAGAAUGCCUAAUCAUUUACGACAAGGAAACGGGUGUUAUCACAUUAGAGAAGCUAAAUCACAAUAUACAAGUGAAGAAGACAAGAAGCGAAAUGACAAACAAGCCAAGCUUGAUGCCUGCUGCAAAUGCUGGACCGCUGAUGUCUGGCGCCAAUGGUGGUGGCCCCAUUCCGUCCUCAAUGAUGGCAGCGGCGGGAUCAGGUUCCGGAACGGCGCCCAAAUUGGAGAACAGCACCAUGCGCAUAUCAUCCAAAACGAAAGUGUCGACGGGCAGUCGCCGGAACAACAUAAUCGAUUUCAAGCCACGUAAUUCGCCAAUGCAACAAAGCUCACCCUCACGUCCAGUGGUUUCGCAUCGCAGUCCACAGUCGGCGCCCGCCUGGCAUGCGAACAAUGCGCAACAAACAUUGCCCAGCAUACCAAUGAUAACGGACGAUGAUGACUUUGGCCUGAACGCCGCCUUGCACAAUGGUGGCGGCCAUGCGAAUAUUUCGGGCUCCUCCACAGGCUCCUCCAGCGGCCAGCCAGAUUAUGUGUCGUCGUCGCACAUGGGUAAACAGAGACAGGCACUGCCGCAAGGACAUGCCAAGCGGCAGCAAAUGACUCAGCAACGCUCCAGCCCUCCCAUGCAUCAUCAGCAACAUCAAAAUCAACAGCAGCAGCAGCAAAACUAUGGUCGUGUUGGCGGCAGCAGCAACUAUGCACAACAGCAACAUCAGCAGCAAAUGCAGCAGCAGCAGCAACAACAUCAGCAGCAACAGCAACGCGCAUCUUUCAGCCAUAGCAAUCAUAGCAAUAGCAUGCCCUUGGAUAUAAAUUCGCCCAGUCAUCAUGACCAUGUCACGCAGUCCGUGGCGCAGGCGGCUGCCGUGCUGGAGCAGCAAAUUGGCGGCGAGCCGAGUGCAUCCAGCUCUAGUUCCGAGUCCGAUUCCAGCGACACUGACAGUGGCAGCGAUUCUGAUGAUAGCACCGAUGAUGAUCGUCCCACACAACAAAAGCAGCAAAAUUCGGCGACGCAUCAACAGCAGCAUCAUCAAAUGCAGCAGCAACAUCAACAGCAGCAACAACACAUGCAUCAACUGCCCAAUUUGGGUUUGGGUUCCAUUUCGCCGGCAUACAACAGUCAUUAUCAGCAUCAGCAGCAACAGCAGCAGCCGCCACAGCAGCACUCGCAUCAUCAUCAUCAACAGCAACAGCAGCAACAACAGCAGCAGCAACAGUCCGGCAUUUAUGCGUCCAACGGUGGCUUUCCUAAUGAUUUGCUACAAAACGAUCUACAAUUGUCCUCCAAUUCGUCCGAUGAUGAUGACGAUUAGUCGUUUUUUAAUAAUAUAACAUUUAGUUUUAAUCUAUAUGCCUUCGUUUGAGUACUUUAAAAAAAACUACAACUAAUAUCCGCAUAAAACGAAAACAAAAAAGAAAAAAACUAUAACAAACACAAUAUUAUAAUAUUGAUAUUCAUUCUCUCUGCGUUUUUAAUUAAGUUGAAAUUAUUGAAUGGUGAAUUUAAUUGCUAGUGAAAUUUUUAUAAAUAAAUUCUUAGUUCUAUGGAUAACGCAUACACAACACACAUACAAACAUACAUAUAAAUACUAAUUAAUUUGUAACAUUAUUUGUACAACUUCCAAAAUGUGCUGGAGAACAUUGAAAGCAAAAAGAAAAAAAACAGAAACAAAAACAAACGAAAAAAUCAACAACAAUGUAAGCAUAAUUGUAAUUCUAAACGUACGUUUGCCAAUAUUUCAAUGUACAUUAAUUUUAAAAUGAAAUCAAAGGUUAUGUGAAACUUGUUGGAGAGUCCUGAAGAGCGCGCGCAAUAUUUAUAGAGAUACAUACAGAGGACAACAAAAAAUUAUUUAGUUUCUAGUGGAACAACACACACACACACACAACUCACACACAUACAUACACAUGUAAUUGUUAAGUGAAAAGAAAAAUCGAUAACAAAAAAUGACCACAGCGGAUUUUUGCCAUUAAUUACGCAUUUUAUUCUAAGCAAUUUUCAGCUAACAUUUAGAUAUAAUACAAUUUGACAACACCAAACACCAAAAGAGACGGACAACAAGCAAGAGUAUAAAACAAAAACAAAAUAAUACAUGAAAAAGAAAAAAACAACGCAUAUGUGUAACUUGUACAUUAGUUAAUGCUUUGUACUUUUUUUUUUAUUAUUAUUAUUCGCUUCGCUCGUUUUAGUCAAGUUUAUUUAAAUUGUAUAUGCGACUUCAUUUGUCAUUGUUACGCAAUCAAAAGUUUUAUGUUUAAUUUUCAAUUAUUUGUUAGCGUAUAUUACAAGUAUUUAGUAUUUAAAUUGCUAGCGCCCUCAUUUUUUAGUUCACGUUAACUACUGUGCGGUAUGAAGACAUCUAUGUUUUUAGCUCAUGUUUUAUUUGAAUUUAUUUGUAAUUUUUUUAAUUAAUUUGUAAUAACUAUUAUUAUUAUAAUUUUGUUAUGUGCUUGCAAUAAUUAAAAGCAAAAAGAAAAUGAUGUGAAAAGAGAAAUAAAUAUGCAUUG